AACCCCGGAGAACCUCCUCAGGAACGGACAAGGCUAGGCCUUUUCUUCUUCUUCUUUGAGCGUUUUUCUUUUUCCUUCCCUUUCCUUUUCCUUUCCUUUCCUUCUUCUUCGCUCGCUUGGAACUCGCUCGCUUCCUAUUCCUCGGCGUAUAACUUAUUAACAUCCAUCUAUGAUCUAGUCUCAGGCCGACCCGACCUUCCGCUCGUCCAUGAGAGGGACGGACGACCAUCUUUGUCCAUUUCAAGUGGAUAUACCAACAGAUCACACACCACUCACAUCUCUACCCUUACCAUAACCUCCAUCUCCCACGUCAUGGUCUCCUUUUCUCAACAUGAACCCAUAGACGGGGUGGGCAGUUGGUCUUCUUCCAUGCCCAUUCGAUCCCGCGAAGACCCGUCGACCUCGACAUCGACGCACCGAAAGACCAUCUCCUCGGCCUCGUCACUAUCCACGAGCCCAUACCCGGACAUGUCCACCGUCGAGUCCAACGGCCCAUUCAGCCCUACCAUGCCCGCUUCCAAGUACCAUGAGCAUCUCAACAUCUCGUCCGUUCCCUUCCAGGCGUGCCAUGACCACUCACCCACGUUCUCAACCACGAGCUCCUCACAGCAUGAGCCUUCUGAUACAGCCACCACGUAUUCCUUGCCCAUGUCACCCACCUCGUCCACCUUCACUCGCGCAACCACGCCGGACCCCGAAAACAUGGGCAUUACCAUGAUCAUGGGCAUCAGCCGGCCCCAAACGACCAAGACGUCACACCAAUAUCGCAAGUCUUGCGAUUCGGGUUCUACCUUUGUGAACUCGGUACAUGGUGAAGAUCGGUAUCCUGCAUGUGGUCUGCGUGAGGUCAAGACGGAGGAUCACCCGGAGGUGCCAAGCGUGGCAGGCGUGAUAGACGUGUCAACUGGAAUUGGCUUGUGGACUCAUGACGAACCUCCGGGAGCUGGCACACCGAGGCCACAAACACCAGUCGACGAGGCAACGUCCUGUGCCACCUUGGACGCAUCACGUCCCGAGCAGCAUCCUAUUCUCGGAGAGAGGCUGGGCUUCGAUAAAUGCAGUGGGCCAUCACCUCACCCAUCCGAAGCGCCCAUGGACACGUCCACGGAAUGUUCUGACGAGGAGGUCGAUGACGUGCUCAACUACGUCCUUCAAGCUGUCUAUGGCGUCGAGCUCGACGAGGUGACCGCUCCGCCGGACCUGAUCCGUCACUUUGCGGCGCGCUUCAUUCAAGACGUGGGUCGCGCUGCCUUCCGGUGGUCUCCCAUCGCACACCCGACCCACGCUACGUCAACGUCCACCAGAGGAUCGUCAACCGCGCCAGCACCGGCGGGGAGCACAACUCGGCGGAACUCGCAACAGCAACAACAACAGCAGCAGCAGCAGCAGGGCGGUAAACGGAAGAAGGCGGGCCCCGGUCGACCGGGCGACGAAGAAGGGGACAACAUGGGGGACGAGGAGGGCGAUUCCGGGGCGCCGUUCAAGAGGGCUAAACAGACCCCGAAGGAACCCGACGAGGGCCUGCGCUUGAGCUGCCCGUUUCGGAAGAAGAAUCCGGCACGGUUCAACGUCAGGGAGCACUAUUCAUGCUCCAUGACUUACUUUUCCAAGUUUGCGGAAUUGAGACAGCACAUCGUCAAGCAACACAAGCGGGUCGACCCGUCCGCCUUCGUCUGCGACCGGUGCAACCGCGACUUCCCUUGCCGCAAGGACCUGCGAGAUCACCAGCGGCUCCCGCGUGAGCAGAUGUGCGAUAUUACCGACCACGACCCCGAGUCGGGCAUCGACGGAUCUACGGCGACCAAGCUCCUCAGUAGGAAGAGGGCCAGCGGGAUGUCAGCUGACGUACAAUGGAGGGAGAUAUGGGGCCUUCUCUUCCCGGAUGACGAGGAUCACCAGGUCGAGAGUUGGGAAUUCUGCCCCGUCAUCGAGCACUUCGAAGUGACGACGCGGUUCAUGGACAGCCUCGAGAUGCUCGAGAGCAGCCUCCGGGAUAAGGGACUCAAACCGCAGGCACUCGAGACGAUUGGGAACCUGUACAGGAACCAGUUCAUCCAGGUGCUACAGCAAUGCGUAGACGAGGCCAAGGUGAGGCCGUACUCGAACCGAAGCAACCGACGGGGCGAACCGACGGCCAACGCCAACGCCAACGCCAACGCCAACGCAUUCGUACCCGCCGGGGGGAAAUUCGCCAGACGACCUGACUCGGGCGUUGAAGUCGAGGCGGACGAAAUGGAGGGGUGGCAGGAGGGAAGCAUGUCUGCGGUGGGAAUCCCUUACCCUGGCCUCGGCGCUGGAUGCGGGCCUCUCCGCGACGACGCGGGAAGGGGAUGGGAAUCUUCGGACACCAGACCCGAGUACGGGACCGGUGCUCGGCGGCUCAUGCCGCUGGUAUCGGUCGUGGGUGGCGAGACCCGUGCGUCGCCGGAUGAGAAGACCGAGACCGCGACCGCGUUGGGGACGCCGAUCCAGUCUUUGUCGUCGCAUAUGAUGAGACCAGGAGGGGGCGGAGGGGGCGGAGGGGGCAUGAGUCGCAGCGCUUCAGGAUUCCUAUCCGAGCAGCCACCCGUGUCCGUGUCCGUGGCCAUGCCCGAGCAAUGGGCCAGGGCGCAUGGAGCAGGCUCCGCUGCGCCUGUACCCAGUUCUUCGGCUUCUUCCCCCUUCGAUGGAGUCGUCGGUCAACACAUCGGAUUCGCCCACGGGUCAUGGCAGGACCAAUAUCACGCCCUACAGGCCGGAGGGGGAUGGAACGGCGGCGACGUUCUCGUUUGGCCCGCAGGUUCGGGCCAGGAGGGAUUGUAUGAUCCUUCAAAGUUUUGUCCAGUGAUGACCAGGUGCCCUGACCCGCGGGGCCAGGGAUGAGAAAAUAGCAUGGCAGGGGUGCAAUGAUGUGUGUACGCUUACGAGUAUACGGAGUGGCUAUAUGUAUUUGUAGAAUCCAGUCUGUUUGGAGGGAGAGCUUUUUAGACGACGGAUAAUUAGAGCUGGACUCUCCCCGUUGCUUAUGUAAGUCAAGGUGCGAUGAUGGGUCUUCCCUUCGGAAAAUUUGCUUAUUGGCCAAUAAUCACUGAAUACACCCC